AUGACUGACUACGCAUCUUCAUCAUCAUGGACUUCAUUUUUGAAGUCUGUAGCAUCUUUCUCAGGUGAUAUUUCUUCUUUAACUGCACCACCAUUUAUUUUAUCAACCACUUCACUUUCUGAAUUUCCACAAUAUUGGGCAGAACAUCCAGAUUUAUUCCUUGAAUCAAGUUUCAUUACAGAAGAAAAUUAUAAAUCAAAAUUUCCAGAUGUAACUGAUUUACCUUCUGCUGAAAUUGCACGUAUGCUUUCUGUAACUAGAUGGUUUAUUGCUACUUUAAAAUCUCAAUACUGUUCUCGUAAUGAAUCAAUGGGUACUGAAAAGAAGCCACUAAAUCCAUUUUUAGGGGAAAUUUUCGUUGGUAAAUGGGAUAAUAAAGAAAAGGAAGAAUAUGGCGAAACUGUUUUAUUAAGUGAACAGGUCUCUCAUCAUCCUCCAAAGACUGCAUACACUAUAUUUAAUGAUAAAAAUGACGUGAAAUUAGAAGGUUAUAAUCAAGUUAAAGCUUCUUUUAGUAAGACUUUAAUGUUAGGUGUCAAACAAUUAGGUCAUGCUAUGUUACAUGUUAAAGAUGAAUCAUUUUUGAUAACAUUACCAGCUCUUCAUAUUGAAGGUAUAUUAAUGGCUGCACCAUUUGUUGAAUUAAAUAGUAAGUCAAUUAUUCAAUCUUCAUCUGGUUUAGUAACAGUCAUUGAAUAUUCAGGUAGAGGUUAUUUUUCUGGGAAAAAGAAUACUUUUAAAGCUAAAUUAUACAAGAGUGUAGAAGAUUUAAACGCUAACGGUUAUCCAUUAUAUACCAUGAGUGGCCAAUGGUCAGGUGUCUCUAAGAUAGCAAAUGGUGAAACUGGUGAAGAAAGAGGUACAUUUUAUGAUGCUGUAAACCAUCCAACUGAACACAUAUAUGUUAAACCAAUUGAAGAACAAAAUCCAUUAGAGAGUAGAAGAGCAUGGGAAAAAGUUGCUGAAGGUAUUACCUUUGGUGAUAUGACUAUGAUUUCUCAAGAGAAAGGUAAGAUUGAAAAUCAUCAAAGAGAAUUAAGAAAACAAGAAGAGGAAGAAGGUACUGAAUGGAAGAGAAGAUGGUUCAAGGAAGUUGAUUACUCAACCAUUUCUGCUAAUGAAAGGUUGGAUAAAACUGAUGACAAAUUUAUUCAACUAUGUGCUGAAUUGAACCUUUCUACAAAGAAUACCCCAAGUGGAUCAAUUGUUGGUGAUAAAGAAGAUCUGAAGGCUGAAACCUCUUCUCAUUGGAGAUUCAACAGACAAGCAUGGGAUGAAGAAAAGGAAAUAAAAGUAUGA